AUGUCGCGGAGCCUGCCCGUGCCAUCUCCAUGCCGUGCGCGUCCGUCUCGCCCCCGGAACCAGGGGAAGGCGCGCACCCUCCAGGAGAUGGCGCAGCACGCCACCGUCACCGUCAUCGGCGCCUUCACCAUCGUGCUGCCGGUGCCCAUGUUCGCCUCCAUGCCCGGCUACGCCAGGCUCACCACCGGCUGGCGCCGCAUGGAGGCGAUGUACGUGGCUCUGACGGGCGGCCCGCUGGUCCUGGGGAUCAAGUGGCUGGACUACAUCUCCGGGCUGCUGCUCAUCCACGCCGCCGUCCUCUCCGUCACCCUGGCGUACCAGCUCGGUGCGCGUUGGCCCCUCCCUGCUGGUGUCUGUCAGCCAGCGCCCUCUGAGGCGUGCGGGGGGAAUGGCGUACAACUCGGGCUUUUCCUCACUGGAUGUUGGAGAUUGGCAGUGGCGGGCAGAGGGCUGCUUGCCAAGGCCACGGUGGUGCAGAUGUUGCAGGCGUUCUGCGAGUCGAACAGCGCGGUGCAGUUGCCGCACUUGCUGUCCAUGUUCGUGCUGUGCGUCGCCUACUUCUUCAGCUUCGUCUACACGUUCCUCGGCAACUUCCAAGACCUCCUCAGCGUGGACAAACCGGAACUACUGCAGGGCCUGUGGUCGAGCAUGGUCGCCAACACGUUGCUCUACAUCACCACCGGUGGCGCCAUCUUCUUAAUCUGCAUAUCCGCGCAGGUGGCCAUCAACCAGAUUUUCCUGAGGGCUCGCAAAAGUCUGCUGAGGAUGUGCAUUUCGGGCCAGAGCGAGGCGAUGCGGACAGAGAUUGUCUACUUCUUGGAAGACAUCGACAGCAGAAAGCCCGUGGUCUCGUUGAGCGGGUUCCUUUACGUCGACCGCACCACCAUCGUCAGUGUGAGUGGAGUGCUUCUUCGGCCGCGACAACCCCCUCCACUGCCGCCACACUGUGAACCCUCCAACUUGUUGCAGGCGGUGGUCAUUUGCACGACGUACAUCGUGGUCUUAUCCCAGUUCACCAUACAGUUCGCCUGACGAGUGGCGUCUGCCAUAAACCCCAUAAACAUUGUACAUAAAAUAGACGCAAAGACCCCCCCCCAAACUUCCCACGUGGUGCUUAAAUUCCCAUUCGCAUCCGGCACGCUACAACUGCAAAUCCCGUCCGA